AUGGGACUUAUACAAUCCAUUGUUUGUUCUAUAACAUUCUGCGUUGAAAGAGUUUUGACAUGGACUUGCUGUGCUUUCCUGCUGAUGCUGCUCAUGUUCACAGUCAUCGUCCUAAUGAUUUACGGCAUCGCAGUGGGCUACCACUACGCACAAAAAGAAUUGGCAUCAUUUGCCGUGUCAUCGCGAUCGACCACAGAGCCUGGUCUGUCGAGGCGAAGGUCUGGAGACAGCGGUGUGGACGAGAGCGCGCCCGUGGUCCGGCUGGUCGCGGUCAACAGGUCCGAGGUGGAACACGCGCCACAACCAGAACUCGAGGUGUAUCAACAGCAGAGGCCGGGAGAAAAAAUCUACAUGGACGUUUCUGCAACUCCGAUUGUCGUACUUGAAACGGAACGGCCACCAAGAGAACCUGACCUAUCACCGCAAGAGAAAGAACUCGCCCGAAGGCUGAUCGGCCGCUUUCGGCGCUCCAGGAACACUACCAUUCCCGCCGAACCAUUCUUGAGGCCACUGCGACCUUCUAAUGUCACCAUAUCCAGUUCUGUGGUGCCGACCACGUGA